AGUUAAUUCAUAAUUAUGCCGUAAUCCAACAACAUGGAUGCGCCCAUAAGCUAAUUGUUUCAGCGGCUUUUUUUGUUUUUAUCUGUUCCAGUUUACCUCAUUUUUAACAUUUAACGAGAUUAACUGGCCAUUAAUUAUUAAUACCACUUUCAUAGUACUGGGAAUAAUGUCUGCAAAGGCCUUGAAGAUACUUGUCUGUGGGGAUGUUGAAGGUAAAUUCUGUCAGCUGUUCAGCAGAGUCAGUAGUGUCAAUCGAAAGGCUGGUCCAUUUGAGAUGUUGCUUUGUGUUGGGGAAUUCUUUGGUACGGCAGAGGAAGAAUGGAGAAAAUUUGAGACAGGGGAAGAAAAGGCACCAAUUCCAACAUAUAUCCUUGGCCCCAACAAGCCAGAGAACAUGAAGUUUAUCAAGGACAUCAAUGGCUGUGAACUGUGUGAAAACAUCACUUAUCUAGGCAAAAAGGGCAUUUUCAAUGCUGCAUCUGGGUUGCAGAUUGGUUACCUGAGUGGCACUGAGCAGGCCCAUGUGGCAGUCCAGGAACCAAACAACUUCAGCAAGGCUGACAUUGAUGCACUGGCUGUACCCUUGAUAUCAGAUUCCAAGUUCAAGGGUUUGGAUGUGCUGCUGACAACACCCUGGCCAAAGGGGGUAUUCAAAUAUGCAAGCACUCCAGAAGGGCUGGACCCAACAACAACAGGUUCAAGUUUGAUUGCUGACUUGGCGCUGGCACUGAGGCCUCGUUACCAUUUUGCAGCUCAAGAGGGCGCUUUCUAUGAGCGCCUCCCCUAUCGAAACCACAAGGUGCUGACUGAGACCACAAAGCAUGUGACACGUUUCCUGGGACUUGCAAGAGUCGGAAACCCUGAGAAGAAGAAGUACUUGUAUGCCUUCAACAUCAUCCCCAUGAAAUCCAUGGAGAGGGAGGAGUUGGUCAAGCAGCCGCAGGAUGUUACAGAGUGUCCUUACAAUUGGUCUGGAACCAGACCAGAGCAGAGACCUGAGGUAGACAUGUCCAACCAGUACUUUUUCAGCCAGAGUUCUGGGGGAAGAGGCAGAGGUCAAAAGAGGUCAAGGGGUCAGCACCAUAGUGGACCAGACAGGAAAAAGAGGCCACAACCCACAGGUCCCUGCUGGUUCUGUCUCGGCAGCCCAGAGGUUGAAAAACACCUUGUAGUCAGCGUUGGAACAACGACAUACAUGGCUUUGGCAAAGGGUGGUCUAGUGCCAGACCAUGUUCUCAUACUUCCUAUUGGUCACUACCAGUCUAUUGUUGAUUUGCCUGAGGAUGUUAUUCAAGAACUUGAGCAGUACAAGAGCACCCUCCGUAGGUAUUUCAGGUCAAGGGGGAAGACAUGCGUCAUCUUUGAGAGGAAUUUCAAAACGCAGCAUCUUCAACUACAAGUGGUACCGAUUGGCAGAGCUCUUUGUGAUGAUAUCAAGGAUGUUUUUACCUCCAAAGCUGAAAGUCAGAAGUUGGACCUGUUUGAGAUUCCUAAGCACACGGAUCUGAAGCAGGUUAUGUCAGUAGGUAAUCCAUAUUUCUAUGUUGAAUUGGACGGUGGAGUUAAGUUACUGCAUCAGAUCAAAAAGAAUGAAUUCUUCCCGCUUCAGUUGGGGAGGGAAAUCAUGGCUUGUGAGGAACUGCUUAACAUGCCAGAGAGGGCUAACUGGAAGGCUUGCUCCAUUGACAAAGAGGAAGAGACUAGAUUAGCCCAGGAAUUCCGCCAGAAGUUUGGGCCCUUUGACUUCAAUGAUGAGUGAGAUAAAGCCCUGACCCCUCUGAGACACUUCAAAAUAUAUCCGAUUUACUCAUUUUGUCAGAUUGGGGAGAUAGUACUGCUUUACUUGGGGUUUGUGAACCCUAAAAAUUAGAAUUUGGAAUGUGGUGCAUGUCAGAUGGGUUCCAAAUAGAAUUGACCAACAAAAGAUUUAUCCAACUAUUUGAAAGUGUGACUAAUGAAAGGAUUGGUAUCCUGGAAGUUUAACACACUCCUUGAAGAUAUAUUUGGGGAAACAUGCAUCUGGCAUAACAUCAGCUUUGGUUACUACUGUAUGCUAUGUGCAUAAAUGUGGAGACAACUUCACACAAACACACAUUGUGCACUGGCCCUAGGGAUGUUGCUGCUGGCUAACAAAAUGCCUUUGCUUGUUCAAGCACGAAUGCUUUAUCCCAAUUCAUCCACGUUUAACAUGUUUAAGCCUACAACAUUUUCACGAAUGUGGCCACAAAUGCUCUGGCCAUUUUGCAGUUGUCCCAUCAGUGAGUAGUGAUCAAUUGCCUCAAUUUGUGACCCGCCAUCCCCAAACCAGGCUGAAGUAGGUAACUUCAUAACCCUAAAAUAGUGGAACAGAUCUUCAUGGGAGUUUUACAGCUAUUACUGCCCGUAAGAAGCUCACUACAGACAUAAUUUCGAUUUGACGUGGAUCACUUAAAGUGUAGAAAAAGCUGAAGGAGCAGAAUUGUCCAACAUCACAAAUACGGACUUCAACCUGGUUUGGGGACGGUGGGUCACAUUUGUGUACAGGUGCAGACCAUCCACACCAAACAUCCCUUUGAAUUGUAUGGCCUUAUGACUGUUUUUGUUGGCCAGCCUUGAGGUUUAGUCUCAAUUACAUAGGAUCUUGGCAUGGUUAGAGUAAAUGUUUAUACAUGAGACAGAGUAGUUUAGUGAGACUCUGACAAGUAGCACUAACAAGAUGCAGUACAUCAGCAACUGAACAUGCACAGAACCUCCAACAUAUUACACAGCCAAGAAUAUUCCUGUGCUGGACUCUUGGGGCAUGGAGAUUUCCUAUACAUGUAGAGGGUUUGUUGAAAACAGCGCCUGGGGUCCCUUCAGGAAAUGUGGUCAUAUGUCUUUGAAUCCGUUCAUCUUCAAAUACAUUUUUGUUCAUAGCCAAAUUGUAAACAGUUUUUGUAACUGUUCCAAUUUUUCAAAGCUCAUCCUGUAGAAAUCUUUUGAUGUCUCUAUAAACAAGUGUUGUCUAGGCCUUGUAAUUAGGUUAGCUGAAU